CGGGCCGAACCCACCGCCUCAGGGCGGCAGGGACCUCCCUCCGCCGCGCCCCAACCCUCGUUUCCCUUCAGGCGCGCUCCGGCUGCCCGCCGGGUGCAGGCGCUGAGGAACCACCCACAGCGGGACGGGCCCGGCAGGUGAGGGUGUUCUCCGAGUUAAAGGAGGGGCGCAGGUACAAAACCCUUGAACUCGUCCUGGAAAUUUCAGAGGGAUCUGCUUCGCUGCAUUCGUGGUUUGCCGGUUGAGGGUUUGUUCCUUAGGUUGGUAGAAAAUGGCGAGCAGCAAUGGCUGGUUUCAGGGUGCUGGGAUGCCCGCCUUUGACCCCGCACCAAAGAGGAUUUUGCCACCUGAGGCUUUCAGGCAGCCAGUUCGGAAGACACUCUCGGAGCCCGUGACUGCAGGGCUGAAUCCUCCACCUUCUCAGUGGCGCAGUCAACCAGUGGUGAUGCAAAAUCCAGGGGCACACAAACCACCAUUGUCAGCACUUCCUUCACAGAACCAGCUAAAGGAGUUGAUUGCAAAAUAUAAAGAGGGAGCAAUAAACUCAGUAUCUGCCUUGCAUCAGUUUGCCCAAAUGCAUAACAAGCAACUUGAAUUGAAAGAAACUAGUUUGGCAGGUGAUAUCAUAAGGCCUUAUUUUGCCUUUUGUGCUGUGAUAAAUGGUGUUUCCUACAAGACUGGGCUGGGAAAAAACAAGAAGGAAUCUAAAUUAAAUGCAGCUAAACUGGCUCUUGCUGAGCUACUUAGCUUGGAGAAUACAGGGGCAAACUCAUCUGAAGAUUCAGAUUUUCCUUGUGUUCCUGCCGAGCUCCAAACUCCAGCAAACUCUGCUUGUGUUUCAAGGGCCUCUGUUGGAGGAUGGUCUGUAUAUCCAAAACUUUCACAAACACUGGAAGAAGUGUUUACCAAGCUGACUGCCCAACAUCCCGAGUACCAAAGCUGUGGGAGUUCACUGGCUGCCUUCAUCAUCGAAAAAGGUGGGCAGCACGAAGUUGUGGCUCUGGGAACAGGGGAAUGUAAUUACAGCCGGCGCCUCGAGUCCUGUGGCAGAGUGUUGCACGACAGCCACGCCAUUGUCACUGCCAGGCGCUCCCUGCUUAGAUAUUUCUAUAGGCAUCUCUUGCUGUUCUAUAAUAAAAAUCCAGCAAAGUCGGAGAGAUCCAUAUUUUGUACAGCACCAGGCUCGAAACUGCUCACCCUAAAGCAAAAUACAACUCUCUCUCUCUACAUGAACCAACUUCCAAAAGGAACUGCUCAGUUAAAGUCAGAUGUACAUCUUGGUCCACAAUCUGUAUCUGCUUACGAAGCCAGUGAAGAAUUGAGUCUCCAUGUUGCUCUGGAAGGCAGGAUUUACCUGGCUGUUUGUUGUCCUCCUAAAACUGUCAGAGUGAGCAGCAUGUCAGGCAGUGACAAACUGACAAAGUGGGAGGUGGUUGGUCUUCAGGGAGCCUUGCUGAGUCACUUCAUUGAACCAGUGUAUAUCAACAAUAUUCUUGUGGGAAAUGGAAAUUGUAAGGAUACAAAAGGACUAGAAAUAACUAUAAAGAAGCGUCUUGAUGAUGAACUUGUAUCAAAGCUUCCCAUGCCUUACCUGGUCAACAGAUCUCAUAUUUACUUGGUGAAAGCUGCACAGCCAGUUCAAACAGACUUAAACCAGUGGUCUCUUAGUCUGAAUUGGACAUCGACAGAUGCAUCCUUGGAGGUCGUGGAUGGGAUAAGUGGAAAAACCACUGAAAGCUCCCCGUUCCAGAGCGGCACCUGCAUGGCCAGCCGCCUUUGCAAGGCAGCCAUGUUCAGUCGGUUCAGGCUGCUCUGCAAGGAAGCAGGACGGAGUGAUUUGCUUCAGAUGGCAACAUACCACGAAGCCAAGGUUGAAUCUCAAUUGUACCAAGAAGCUAAAAGCUUGCUGCAGAGCUACUUAGAGCAGCACAGCUAUGGAUCCUGGAUUGUGAAGUCUCCACAUAUUGAACAGUUCAGUAACUGACUGUGAGGUGGACUGUGUGUGAAGUCAGUUCGGAUGAUCUAUUUCAGUGAAGUAAUAGCUCUGAUUAGUAAAAUGUUUAAUUGUAAGUUUGUAUUUAGAGGAAGAAAAGAAUUCCAGAACUGCUUCUCUUCAGUUUAAAUGCAGUUGUUAAAUCGCCUGUAACAGUUCAGUCUUUUCCAAAAGUUGAUGUUUUCUCACAGAUAGGAGUAUCCAACGACUUUGUAAAUCUGUUUUGCUUUGCUCCCCAAUGCCACCUGAUUUCAGCCCCCUCACCCCUGCCCAGUGUCACACACUUUCACCUUAUGGAGUUACUAACAUGUUUUUUUCUUGAUGAUUUCAGGAUUUCUGUAUCCUGAUUUCUUCUUUUUCCCUGCCUUUUUCAUAUAUUUCUUUUAAGAAAGAAAAAAGAUCAGUAAAAGCUGUAUUUCUUAGGGAAAAAGCAUACCAACGAGAGAAUCUUUCUCAGCAACAAAAAUGAGCAAUCUGUGCCUUAUCUGUGGGCAUCCAUCCUUUGCUAGUUCUUUUAUGAGUUUUUUGUUUAGUGUGGAUUUGCCAAGUGGCUUGUUGUUUACUGUGUAUUGUUUGUGGUAGAAGGGUUAAAAAGUAAUCUGUGUACUUCCAAUGAACUUCAAAUUACCAGCUGUUAAUCAUCUCUUAAGCGACAAUCACUGGUUUUGGUAGCGGAUUUAAAGUGUUCUACAGGUGUCAAAGCUGUAAAUAAGAAAAUAAUGCGAUGUGGUACAGAAGUCACCUGAAACAAGGCUCCUUCAGCCUUUGUGGGCUGCCCCAGAACCCAUCAAUGUUAGUGCUUGUGGACGAGCUGGACUCCUCCACUCUCAGAUGACUUCAUCACUGUGCUGACGAGUCCUCAAAAAAUUGUCUGCAUACAUAAUGAUCUGAAAAAUGAUGCCUGUCAAGGGGGAAGUUGCUUCCUUGUGAAUUCUGGUAAGAAUAUAGUAGCAUUGGUAUGAAGUUGAAAAGGAUGUUAAAUGCCAUACUUGGGUUUUGUGUGGUGGUGUGAAAUACUAGUGUGUUUAAGCUAGAUAAUACAUUUUGAUUAUGUUACUUGACUUCUGUGCAUCAUCCAAGUGUGGAAAGCUGUUAUGUAGUGUUCUUUUACAUGAAUAUUAGUGCUGUUGUCAAGUUUCAGCUUCUUGUUUUUAAAGGACUGUAAACAAACUCCUCUUUCUAGUAUUUUUUUCUCCUUAGUCUGUUUUUGUAACUAGUAUGUGGAGUCGCUUCUGGGAAUGAUCUUAUGCUGACUUUCAAGUUGUUGAAACUCACUGACUUGUUACUACUUGGUUAAUUUGGGAGGUUGUGUGAUGCUGUUUUGUUUUUUUGGUGGCACUUGGCUCCACGUGCUAUUUGCUCCAUGUAAUGUUUUCUUUCUAAGAAUGCCGGAGAAUGGCCAUCAUAUUCCAUGCUAGAGUGGAGUGUUGCCUUUUUCCAGGGGUGUUAAAAGCUCAAUAAAUUUCCUUGACAAUGUUUUAACUA